CUCCAUCAAACCCAUAUGCCAAUUAGGGGCCUAGUGACAAAUUCCAUAAAUGCAUCUACUCAGCAGAUGCAAGAUAUUCCAAACCCUUAUCCAUCCGACUCGUCACGUAAAAAUAGAAGAAAAGUCCAAGUCAAACUUUCAACGCCUAACAAUUGCCAACUGGCACAAUUACAGUCCCCUUCCUUGAAGCCGCCAGUCGUACAACUGGUACCCUUCAGAGACUAUAAAAUCCGCAGAUUAAGUCACAACACACCAAAUCUAGCAACAAUGGCAUUCUCUACUCAUUUUUUUCUCCUCUGUUCACUUCUCUUCUUCAUAAUCUCCCCCUCCAUAGCCCAGACAUCAUUCCGUCCCAAUGCACUUGUGCUUCCUGUCUCUAAAGACCCUUCAUCACUCCAAUACAUCACCAAAUUCAACCAAAGAACCCCUCUUGUCCCAAUUAAUUUAACACUUGAUCUCGGUGGCAGAUUUACCUGGGUCGACUGUGAACAAGGCUAUGUGUCAUCCACCUAUAAACCUGUUCGAUGCCGCUCUGCCCAAUGCUCCCUCACUGGUUCUAGAUUUUGCAACCCAAAUUGCUACUCAUCCCCCAAGCCAGGUUGCUACAAUAACACAUGUCAAGUUUUUUUUGACAACCCUAUUAUACAAUUCGGAACAGGCGGUGAGCUUGCUCUAGAUGUUGUCUCUGUUCAUUCCACUGAUGGGUUGAAACCAACUAGAGUGGUUUCAGUGCCUAGUUUGUUAUUCACUUGUGGUCGUACAUUUCUAUUGGAGUCUCUAGCAAAUGGUGUUAAGGGUAUUGCAGGGCUAGGCAGGACUAAGAUGUCACUCCCUUCACAAUUCUCUGCUGCUUUGAGCUUUGACAGGAAAUUCGCAGUUUGCUUGUCUUCUUCAACAAGAGCCAAUGGUGUUGUGUUUUUUGGUGAUGGUCCUUAUGUUAUGCUUCCAAACAUUGACGUCUCCAAAAAUCUGAUUUACACACCAUUGAUUCUCAAUCCCGUUAGAACAGCCCCUGGCACUUUCCAAGACGAGCCCUCCGCGGAUUACUUCAUUGGAGUAAAGUCAAUCAAGAUUAAUGGAAAAGUUGUGAAACUGAACACAACUCUGUUGUCAAUCAGUAAGGAAGGAUUCGGUGGAACCAAAAUCAGUAGUGUUAAUCCAUACACUGUCAUGGAGACUACAAUCUACAAUGCGGUUAUUAAUGCUUUUGUGAGGGAGGUCUCCAGUGUGAGUAGAGUGGCAGCGGUGGCUCCUUUUGGGGCAUGCUUUAAUGCCAAGGAGAUUGGUAGCACCCGUGUUGGCCCUGCUGUGCCUGACAUUGAUCUUGUGUUGCAGAGUGAGAGUGUGUACUGGAGGAUCUUCGGUGCUAAUUCAAUGGUGGAGGUGAGCAGUGAUGUGCUGUGUCUGGGGUUCGUCGAUGGAGGUGUUGAUCCAAGGACUUCUAUUGUGAUUGGAGGUCAUCAAAUUGAAGACAAUCUUCUGCAAUUCGAUCUUGCUACUUCAAGACUUGGCUUCAGCUCUUCUCUUUUGUUUAGGCAAACUACUUGUGCCAACUUCAACUUCACUUCCAAGAUCUAGAUCAAGCUCUUAAUUAAACCAUGUCGACAAUAAAUUUAUUGCACUGUUUUAAUAUAUUAUUAUAUUAAUAAUGCCCCCCAUCAUUUAUGUAUUAAAGUGAUUUUUCAAUGAAAAUGUUGUACUUUAAUGAUUACACAGAAAUGCUAUCAAUGUCCUUGUCAUUGGAUAUAGAUAUUUCCAUUGCACAUAGGGCACUGGUUAACAA